AUGAAGGUGGUGUUGGCCCUGCCGCCGCUGCUGCUGCUGCUGAGCGCGCUGGCGGGCGCCCGCGCCGCGCCGGCCCCUCGCCUCUCCUGCUCCAAGAGGGCCCUCGGGGGCCACGGCUGCCACGGCGUCCCCCAAGCCGUGGCCGCUCUCCGACCGGUCCAUGAGAGCCUGCAGGAUCACUUCUGGGAAGGGAAGGGCUGCGACACCAUCUGCUACUGCAGCCCGAGCGAGUUGCUCUGCUGCCCAAAAAAUAUUUUCUUUGGACCAAAGAUCUCCUUUCUGAUCCCCUGCAACAGUGACUGACACCAAUCCCCCAGUGAAGACGUCAGGCACGUCAGCCUUCCAUUUCUGAGCAGUGCUUUAAAAGAAAAAACGAAGAAACAGCAGUAACAAACGCUUCCUCUCUAACCGCUAUGAGUGCCUCUU